AUGCAGGAGAUGAAACCUAAACCUAAGGAGCCACAGCUACCCUUAUUGAACAUUAUAAUGGCUUCAGAGGAGGUCUCUUUUGAUGCUAGCAACAGCCAAGGAAACUCUUCCCCAGAAAUCCCUCCUACCAAAUCCAACAUGGGGAAAGAACUAGCCAGGAGAGCUCUCUUAAGGUCUCAUCUACGCAAAAAUGGGAGAAGAAAAGUUGCAAGUAACAGUGCUAAAUCAUUGCCAAGCAGGUUAAGUAAAGUUUCUCUGGGAGAAGAUUCUGCUGAAUAA